AUGUCUACCUUUGCCAGGCGACGCAUUGUGCAGGACAUAUCCAAGGUGACAAAGGAUCCUCCGGACGGUGUGCGUGUUGAGCCUUUCGCUGAAAACAUGAUGGUGUGCCACGCUGUUAUCACUGGGCCUAAGAACACAUUGUGGGAAACAGGGAGUUUCCACCUUCUUGUCAGGUUCACCGAGGACUAUCCCACUAAGCCUCCUAAAAUAAAAUUUCUGUCAAGAAUAUUUCAUCCCAACGUUUAUUCCGAUGGAAGAAUAUGCUUGGACAUAUUACAGAACCAAUGGACCGCAAUUUACGAUAUCUCUGCCGUACUCAUGUCGAUACAGUCACUGCUGAGUGACCCCAACAUAAAAUCUCCUGCAAACACCGAGGCAGCUACAAUGUUAGAGAAAGACAGAGUAACGUAUGACAAGAAUGUGUUGCGAUGUGUCGAAGAUUCAUGGAUUUUGCCUGUCGUUACAGAGAAUGUAUUGGAGUUCUAA